AUGGCUUCCAAAAACAAUGCUCUCAGGGUGUUCCUCAUCCUGACUGUUGUAUGCGCCGUAUGUGCAGCGAAAAAGGGCGGAGCAAAGAAGGACGAAGCGGCGGCGGCAGCCCCUGCGCCGGGAGGCGCCGCUGCUCCGGAAGGCGCAGCCAAGGCGACCGGAGCCGAGGGCACCUUCGACAUCUCCAAGCUCGGCGCGACCGGUGACGGCAAGACGGACUCCACAAAGGCGCUGCAGGACGCGUGGACGUCCGCGUGCGGGGCGACCGGGAGCGCGACGGUGCUCAUCCCCAAGGGGGAUUACCUGGUCGGCCCUCUCAACUUCACCGGGCCGUGCAAGGGCGCCAUCACCAUCCAGCUCGACGGCACCCUGCUGGGCUCCAACGACCUAGCCAGGUACACAGCGAGCUGGAUCGAGGUGUGCCACGUCGAGAACAUCGUCAUCACCGGCCCGGGCACGCUCGACGGCCAGGGCACCGGCCUCUAUACCAAGAGCAAAACGGACUGCAAGGCGUUGCCCAACACACUGGUGCUGUACCACGUGACCAACGGCACUGUCUCCGGCAUCAAACUACUCAACUCCAAGUUCUUCCACAUCAACAUCGACACGUCCAAGGACAUAACCGUGAAGGACGUGAGCAUCACCGCGCCGGCGGACGCCGAGAACACGGACGGCGUCCACGUCGGGAGCUCCUCCACGGUGAGCAUCACCAACGCGACCAUCGGCACCGGCGACGACUGCGUCUCCAUCGGCCCCGGGAGCUCGGGCGUGACGGUGAGCGGCAUCGUCUGCGGCCCCGGGCAGGGCAUCAGCGUCGGCUGCCUCGGCCGCUACAAGGACGAGAAGGACGUGACCGGCGUCACGGUGCGGGACUGCGUGCUGAAGCGCACCACUAACGGCGUGCGCAUCAAGUCCUACGAGGACGCCGAGUCGGUGCUGACGGCGUCCAACCUCACCUUCGAGAACAUCAAGAUGGAGGAGGUGGCCAACCCCAUCAUCAUCGACCAGUACUACUGCCCGGAGAAGGUGUGCCCCGGCAAGCGCAGCAAUUCCUCCAUGGUCUCCGUCAAGGACGUCAAGUUCCGCAACAUCACCGGCACCUCGUCCACGCCGGAGGCCGUCAGCCUGCUCUGCUCGGAGAAGCAGCCGUGCAGCGGCGUCGAGCUCAUCGACGUCAACGUCGAGUACGCCAGCAAGAACAACAAGACCAUGGCGGUGUGCAGCAACGCCAAGGGCACCUCCAAGGGCAGCCUCGAGGCCCUGGCUUGCCUCGUCUAAUGACCGUUGCAUCGCAUGUGAUUCGAUAACAUAUUCCUGAUGGUCUAGUUCAGUACGUAGUUCUUCCGUUUGGCUUUUGGAAAUUUGAUUGUGUUUCAGCCAAGUGGACCGGCCGGGCUUCCUGUCUGAUCUGCUGCCUGCAGAAAAUAUUUACAGGAAACAGAAGACGCAGGCGCCUCCUGGCAUGGCAUCUGGGUCGUAUACUUCCCGGGUUUAGAUCGAGCAUUAUUAAUACUUAGAAUUCAGGGCGUUUUGUUGUAUCACUCCUGCCAAAUGUAGUAUUAAUUAUAUGCUAACAUAUAUCACAUCACUACCUGAUGAGGUCCUGUGAGAAAUCAGGCAUUGUAUUA